AUGUCGAAACAAGUGUCAAUUCCUUUGAUACGGAGCACUAUUGCACCGUUUCCUACUCUCGAUCUACCAGCGACAGAAGCUCGAUUAGGGGAAGUCCUCGGAAACCCCGAUAUUCAGGAUUAUAUAAGGAACGCCUUCCCAGAUAUCAUAGAUCCAAAGUUGAGCUGUCAGAUGCCAACUAAACCUAGAAACAUAAAGAAAACUCUGAAUAUGACGCCUGAGAAUUUCCAAAAACUCGGCGGUGUUUUAAGCGUGACCUCGAAAUCCGAAUCCCUCUACAAGUCGAUGGUUACGCAGAGUGCCGAAGACCAUGGUCUGGAUGGCGAAAGCAGCGAUAUUAUGAUGCUGGUGCAACAACUACGCAACGAUUUAAUAUCGCAGGGGGCCCAAUUGAGCGCUCAAAUGGAGGCAUCGAGAAUUCAAAGGGAGGCGCAACAAAAACUUGAGGCCAAAUCGAAUACCCAAAUGGAAGCAUUGAAGAUUCAAACGGAGGCACAAAAAAAACUUAAAACCCAAUUGAGCGCCCAAACGAAGGCAUUGAAGGUUCACGCGGAAGUGCAACAAAAGCUUAAGGCCCAAUUGAGCGCCCAAACAGAGGAAUUGAAGGUUCAAACGGAGGAGCAACAAAAACUUAAGGCCAGAUCGAAUGCCCAAACGAAGGCGCAACAGAAACUCGAAGCUAAAUCGAAUGCCCAGGCGGAGGCACAACAUGGACUCGAGGCCGAGGUUCAGUCCCUGAAGAAAAAAGUGGAAAUGCUCAGCGACUUCGGAGAGCUUCAUAUACGCAUUUUGAUAAAUAUUGCCUUUCAAAAAUCGAAAGCUCAAGGGCAUACCUAUGCAUCUAAAGCCCAGUUCUUGACCAGAAGCGACGCACUCACAGCAGAGACCAAAAAGUUCUUCAAAACGCUUGUAAGAAGCGGCACAUACAAGCAGAUCCAUCAAACCAGUCACUUUACAAGACUCGGAUAUAUCGCACAGACGAUACAAUCACUGGUGAGUCAGGGUUCUGCCGCACCGUAUGAAGAAUUGUUCACAUAUUGUUUCCAAUCAACAAUUCAGGAUUCAAUGGAUUCGAUGGAUUCCGUCGAUGACCUCCAGUCUGAAUGA